GAUACAAGGACGCUUUUUUCUACUGAAGAUUUUACAGCUUCCCGAUUUUAGGACCCCGGAAAUAUUCUGAUUUCCUCGUUGGCCUUCAGUGAGCAUUAAGUACUCGGGGCAUUAUGAAAUCAUCGUUUCGUCCACUGACGCUUCAUGCACUGCAUGUACCUCGGUUACGCUAUCGGUCUUUGAGAUGUGUUGCCUUACAUCAUAGAAUACAUGAACAGCUUGAGCGGGAAAUUUUCACUUGUCAAUCGAUAGAGAAACGAGCCGUGCAGCAAAGAGGCAUCGCCACUUCGAGUCUGAGUUAUGCUGAGGGGCCUAAGGAACCACCACUGAUCACCGUCACAAUUCCAGAACACUUUCGCUCCGUAGUCUCUCAACACGGUGACCGUCCAGCUGCUAUAUUCCGGGUCCCAACAACUGACAAAUCACAUGGCCUCAAACGUGGACCCGGGAAAAUAACCCUUACAUACCAGGACCUCGACAUCCACUCUGACGUCCUAGCACAUUCCCUAAGGUCUCUCGGCGUCAAGAAAGGCGAGCGAGUAGCCCUCAGUCUCGGUAAUGUCGCCGAGCACGUCAUAGCAACCUACGCCCUCUUUAAACUCGGCGCCGUCCUCGUCCCGCUCAACCCGACCUUCAACGAGAAACAACUCGUAACAGCGCUUUCGCAUCUCCGCGUCUCGGUCCUGAUCAUCGGUGCCGUCACGGACCUAGCUUAUAAGCCGUGCCGCGGCCGUAGUAACUAUGCCCUCCUGAAGGCCCUCAUCCCCGACUUAAAAAAGAGCAGCGGCCAGAUCGAGUCCCCCAGCGUGCCUACACUACGAUCCGUAAUCGUAGCCGACAACACGCCCUGGCAUCCCCUCCCCAAUUUUCCCCCUCUCCAGGCCCUCUCCGCAAUAACGCCAUUUUCCUCGCUCCUCCCCUCCGUAGACUAUCACUUCAGACCCUCUCCGGCUCUCUUCCCGCACCCCGGUCCCGUGGUCCCGGACUCCCCCCUCUCGCCCGACGAAAUUAUUAACAUACAAUUUACAUCCGGCACGACGUCCAACCCGAAAGCAGCCAUGCUGAGCCACGCCAAUAUCCUGAACAACGGACGCCUGGUCGCGGACCGCAUGGGCCUGGUCCCGGAAGACCGGAUCGUGUGCCCGCCGCCCCUGUUCCACUGCUUCGGCUGCGUGCUCGGGCUCCAAGCGACCGCGACCACAGGCGCCGCCAUCCUCUUCCCGUCGCCCGCGUUCGACCCCACGGCCACGCUGCUCAUGGUCGCCGAGCACGCCGCGACGGGCUUGCACGGGGUGCCCACCAUGUUCGCGGCGGAGCUCGAGCUUCUCCAGUCACCGGAAUUCGUCGAGAGAUUGCGCGAGGCCGCAGCGAAGAGAAGCGGAACCGAAGACGCCUUGUUCACGGGCCUGCGCAAGGGCAUCGCGGCGGGGAGCUCCGUCCCGGAGCCGCUGAUGCGGCAGCUCAAUGCGAAGCUCGGGCUCGAGGACCUGGUGAUCUGCUACGGGAUGACGGAGACGAGCCCCGUCAGCUGCAUGACGAGUCCCGCGGACCCGCCGGCGAAGCGCGCGGGGAGCGUGGGACGCGUGAUGCCGCAUACGGCGGUUAAGAUCGUGGAUAGAAACGAUAGCGCGCGCGUUCUGCCGCGGGGGGAGUGUGGCGAGUUGGCUGUUUCGGGAUACCUUCUUAUGAAACAGUAUUUUGAGGACCAGGCUAGGACGGACGAGGUGCUGAUUAAGGAAGAGGAGACUAGGGAGGGGGAUGAGGAGGAAGCUGAGGGGAGGAUGUGGAUGCUCACCGGCGAUGAGGCGCGCAUGGACGAGGAGGGUUACGUUGAGAUUACGGGACGGAUUAAGGAUUUGAUUAUCAGGGGCGGCGAGAAUAUACACCCCCUCGAGAUCGAGGAAGCGAUUAUGCGGCACGAGCUGGUGCGCGAGGCGAGCGUCGUGGGGGUGCCGGAUGAGAAGUACGGAGAGGUUGUGGCCGCGUUCGUUGCCGUGCACAAGGAUGUGAGGACUAGGACUGACAGGCGGGAGCCUGUGUAUGGCCCAGAGGAGGUGGUGGAAGAGAGUCAAAAGAAGGCACUAUGGAAGGAUAAGGUGAAGAACUGGGUUGAAAAACAUCUCUCGGGGCAUCUGGUGCCGAAGUACGUCUUUUUUAUUGACGAAUUCCCGAAGACGGCGAGCGGGAAGAUACAGAAGUUCAAACUGCGGGAACUUGCUAAAGAUUUGAUUGAUACGGAGCCUUCGUCAGGUGAAGGGGAGCCUAAGGCGGAAGCCAAGAAUUAGGCCUCGGCAUACUUGGAGCGUUAUAGAAUUAUAUCCUAGAGGUUUGACCUCAUAUCACGAUAUUCUAAACACUUAACAGGGCUCCUUGAUGUUAAAAAAUGAAAUUAGGAUAUAAUCAAGGUAGGUAAAGUCCGGGAUUAAUCAACCCAAGAAACUUCCAGACGCCUUCGAG